AUGACAGCAAGACUUCUAAGAACAGUUUUCAUAUUAUUUUUCUUUGGUUUAGUUGGGGUCCUGGAAGCAACGACAAUAUCGUGCAUAAAUGAAGAUGGCAAAGCUGUAGAUUGGUUUACCUUUUACAAGUUACCCAAAAGUCGAGACAAGAAGGGUAACUACACUGGGUUAGAAUACCUGUACCUAGACUCUACAACUAGAAGCUGGAGGAUGGGUAAACAACUAGUGAAUUCUACCAAGAGUUUUUUAGGAAGAACCUUACAACAACUGUAUAAAGCACAUGCCUGCCAGUAUAAUAACACUGCCUAUCUCAUAUAUAAUGAUGGAGUCCCUAACGCUGUGAACUACAGCAGCAAAUAUGGACAUACUAAAGGUUUGCUGCUGUGGAACAGAGUUCAGGGAUUCUGGCUGCUCCAUUCUAUUCCCAAGUUUCCUCCAGUUGCUACAGAAGGCUAUGGUUAUCCACACUCCGGAAAACGAAAUGGACAAGCUGGCAUCUGUGUAACUUUCAAGUACAGCCAAUUCAAAGCAAUAGAUCUUCAGCUCUUGAUAUACAAUCCAAACAUUUAUAGCUGUUUCAUCCCAGACACUUUUCAGCAGGAGCUUAUUCACAUGCCCCAACUAUGUGCAGGGAUUAAAUCACGGAAGAUUCCUCGCCGGUACCUCACCACACUUCAAUCAUCCCAGGGACAAAAAUUCCUCCAUUUUGCAAAGUCCUCUUCUUAUUUGGAUGACAUAUUUGCAGCUUGGAUGGCCCAACAAUUGAAGACACACUUGCUAGCAGAAACCUGGCAGCGAAAGAAUCAAGAACUUCCUUCAAACUGCUCACUUCUUUACCAUGUCUAUAACAUCAAAGCAAUCGUGAUAUCUGAACAAUAUGAUUUCAAUUCUUAUCAGGAUCAUUCUAAAUGGUGUGUUUCCCAAAAUGGUACCCAAAAUCAAUGGACAUGUAUUGGAGACAUAAAUCGAAGCCCAUCCCAAGCUUUCAGAAGUGGAGGCUUCAUUUGUACCCAGAAUCAGCAUAUUUAUAAAGCAUAUCAAAAAUUAGUUUUAGAGUAUGAAAACUGUAACUAA